AUGGCCAUCCUCAAGAACCUGGCAGCUCUGCUGCUGGCUGCUGCCCCUUUUGCCAAUGCCUCUCCUGUCCCAUCGGGCUCUGGCAAGUACAUCAUCACCCUUAAGAGCGGAAUUGCCGCCCGCGAUAUCGACUCUCACCUCGAGUGGGUCGGCGACGUCCACGCUCGCAGCAUCGCUCGCCGCGGCCUCGACCUCGCCGGUAUCGGAAAGAAGUACGAGAUCGGCUCCUACAACGGAUACUCUGGCCAAUUCGACGCUGCCACCAUUGAGGAGAUCCGUAACAAGGAUGAGGUCGCCUACGUCGAAGAGGACCAGGUCUUUACUCUGUAUGACCUGACGACCCAGUCCGGCGCCACCUACGGCCUCGGCACAAUCUCGCACCGCAACUCGGGCUCUCUAGACUACGUCUACGAUAGCAGCGCCGGCAAGGGCGCGUACGCCUAUGUCGUUGACAGCGGAGUCAACACUGCCCAUGUCGAGUUUGAGGGCCGUGCAUCCAAGGGCUAUAACGCCGCCGGUGGCGAAUUCGAGGAUACUCUCGGCCACGGCACUCACGUCUCCGGAACCAUUGCCUCUAAGAGCUACGGUGUGGCUAAGAAGGCCUCUAUCAUCGCCGUCAAGGUUUUCCAGGGCCGUACCGCCGACACCUCCGUCAUCCUCGACGGCUAUCAGUGGGCCGUCAAGGACAUUAUCAGCAAGAAACGCCAGUCCCGCUCGGUCAUCAACAUGUCCCUUGGUGGUCCCGUCUCGCGUGCCUUUGACGAUGCCGUCGAGAGUGCUUUCCGCUCCGGCGUUCUAUCUGUCGUCGCCGCCGGUAACGAGAACCAGGAUGCCUCUAACGUCUCGCCCGCCCGCGGCCCCAACGCUCUGACCGUCGGCGCCGUGAAUGCCAACUGGGCCGUGUGGUACUGGAACUCCCAGCAGGGCUCCAACUACGGAAGCGUCGUCGAUAUUAACGCACCCGGCGAGGACGUCCUUUCCACCUGGAUCGGCUCGACCACGGCCACUAACUCCAUUACCGGCACCUCUAUGGCCACGCCUCACAUUGCUGGUCUCGCCAUCUACCUUGCCGUUGCCGAGAACAUUGGCACGCCGGCCGCUUUGACCAAGCGCAUUAAGGAUCUCGCCACCAGAAACAAGAUUACCGGCAUCAAGGGUGGUACCCCUAACCUGCUUGCUUACAAUGGAAACCAGUGA